AUGGCUGAGAAUGGGGGCGGAUCCGGAACACAGGGUUGGGGUCACUACCUGCAAUAUUCACUGCCCUCAAGCACCUAUACUGUACAAAACAGUGCCAUCGCCGGUCGUAGUGCACGCUCUUAUACCCGCGAAGGACGGUUCCAGGCGGUCGCUGAUCAGGUCAAGUCUGGAGACUGGGUUGUGAUUGAGUUUGGACACAAUGACGGAGGCAGUCUCACGCCCACGGAUAACGGUCGGACUGAUUGCUUCGGAGAGGGAACUCAAACUUGCCAGACCACAUAUGAUGGGGUUUCCGAGACAGUGCUCACGUACCCAGCCUAUUACGAGAAUGCCGCCAAGUUGUUCUUGGCCAAAGGAGCCAAAGUCAUUAUGAGUUCUCCCACGCCAAACAACAUUUGCGAGACUGGUACUUGCAGCUGGGGACCGUAUCGAUUUGACUAUUAUGCAUGGUACGCCGCCGCCGUCGCGGGUGGUACAGGUGCAGGUGUUUACCACGUACCUCAUGGUCAAUAUGCAGCACAGGCCAUGACAAACCUUGGGGCCUCGGUUGUGAAUGCCAACUAUCCUGUUGAUCACACGCACACAGGCCCUUACAUGGCGGACAUCAUGGCGAAAGCCUUCGUUCUAGGUCUCAAGUGCGGAACGAGCGGGUUGGGAGCGGCAGUCGUCAACUCGACAAGCUCCAUGACUUCGACAAUCCUCGGCCCUUGCAUUUCAUUCAACAGCACUGUCCCGAUCUAG